AUGCUCAGCGGCGCCAUCUGGUCCGCCGCGCCCGUGAGCCUGCGCCCGCUCGCCCCGGGGCUGCCCGCUGCGCGGCCACCGCUGCUUGCGCUCGUCAUGCAAGCUCUGCAUGAUGACGACACCAGCUUUUUAGGGGCCUAUAUGCUUUUCGUUGAAGCUCCAGAUUCCGUUGCUGAAGUUCAGAAGGGCAUGGAACGUUUGAAUGAAUGA